AUGCCCUACCGAAUCUUUGGCGGAAACGCUUCCCAACUCCACAACCACGUGCACCACUUGUGCCAUUUCGCCCUCGACAUCUUCCACUCCUCGACGCGGGAUCACCUGCCCGAAAACCGCGCCAUCCGCUUCUACCUCGGAGCCGGACUCCCGACCCUCCACAGCAUGUCGGCCUACUUUGCCGACCUGACAGAGACGCAGGCCGAGGCCUUCCACCAGCGGUGCAGACUCGUCGACGUCACCAGCUCCACGGCCCCGCGACAGGAAUCCAAGGCCCUCGCCCAGAGAACCGCCACCGGCAGCAGCAGCACUUGGCCGCCCACCCUCCCGCAGCUCGUCUGGUCGCGCUUCUGCCUGCCCGCAUCGCGCGCUGCUGCUGCUCCCCUGAAGCGGGACGCGACGCCUUCCCGGGUCCGGCGGAAGGAUGUCUUUGUUCGCCCGUUCAAGGUCUUUGCUGCGUUGCGUGCGCAGAGGGCGUCCAGUCCUGCUGGAGCGCUUGUUUGA